CUCGUUUACGAUUCACCCCGCCGCCGAGUAUUCCGAAUAUCGAUCGAAAACUAUCGUACUACACGAUCAUGUACAACCGAUAUUUAUUUACUAUUGCUACUAUUAUUGUUGGCGCACGGUAAUAUUAUAUUAUUGUAUGCGCGGGCACGAUAAAUACCGUACGAGGGUGGCGCGUGGUACGCAAGCGUAUACGCGGUCCCCUCUGUACGUACAAUAGUAGACGUAGCACUGCGUUUGGAUGGGCGUCCUGGAAAAACCAUUUUUCCACGGCGCAUACACACGCUCCGCGGCAUUGCAGCAGGGCGAUGGAGGAACGUUUAGUUUUCAAUCGGAGUCUGUAGCAAAAAUAAAACCGCCGCCGCCAAAAAAAAAAUAAAAAAAAAUAAUAACAAAAAAAAAAAAUACUGCAAAAACAAUAACAAUAAUAAAUAAAAUAAAAUAAAAAUACUAACGCCGUGUAGAGUAUAUAGUGGCGAAAACCCGGAUAUACGAUUAGACCGCAAAAUAAUCACAAAUGUGCGACAGGGACUCGAGUUCGGGAUGCUUCUUCAUAUCAAGAAAGGUUGGUGAUACUAUAAUAAUAAUAAUAUUGGUUCACGUGUGUACACAUACACUAUAAACGUGUAUAAACGUGUACGGGCUUACAUACAAAAACCGCAAUGAUAUACGACUCGGUGUAAUUUAACAAGAAUCACGUUUUGUAGAAAUCGUUUCGAACGCGAUUUAAUCUAUACAAUACACAAACUGGAUUGCCCGUAUAUCAUUUUGGUUGAAUUUAAAACCUUUAUGCAUAACAACACCUGAACCGAGAAUGUAUUCUCGAUUUUUUCGAAAUAUAUUUAUGCGUACACUAUUAAUAAUAUAUUUUGACAUAAAAACGAGGUCAAAUAAUACCACUAAUCCACCCGUAUAGAAUACACUCGUAUUAUAAUUUAUUAUUAAUUGAUUUUUCUCGAAUUUAAAUAUCAAUUAUUUUUUGUCGGUUGAUAACCACGUACCACCAAUAUUAAUUUGCCCGUGAUACGUUUACAAUAAAAAGGGAAUUUUUCCAACAAACAAUUAUAUCAUUCGUUCGAAAUUAAAUAGUUACGUGGAAAAAAUUAUAGGUACCUAUACUUAUGAUAUUAAUUUAUUCAGGGUCGUGAUCGAGCUCAAGACUUAGCCACAACAUCCAGGCAUGGACAACAGCCAUUACCAGCAGGCACAAAGACCAAAGAUGCACUGCCAGUAGUAUUACAAAGCGAUUUUCGAAAAGUAUAUAAUCGAAUUUAAAUUAUGCACAUAAAAAUCAUUUUGAUAAAAUGUCCGGUUUUUUUUCAGUUGAGCGGCAUUAGCAAAGAAGAUUUUCGACUAAUCGACACCAUUGAAAAUGAGUACGAUGCUACUACAGCAGCAGCACUCGAUGCGGUGCAACGCAGAGGCGAAAUGGUCGUCCGAAUACUGGAUCCUCGAAUUCAUCUCACUAAAACUGCUUCAGAUGCGGCGAAAAAAUUCCUUAUGCUUCAAGUGAGUAGUUUAAAGACACGUCUGUAAAUCAGGUUUGCGCUAAAGUAUGCUGCGGUUCUAUACAAAAUGUGCAAUCCUCAAUGAGAUAUUGUGUAGUAUAAAAAAACGUAAUAAAUCAUUUUCGUCAGUAGUUACAAGAAAUAUGGCUAAAACGCAUACAAAAUAUUUUAAUGAUGCGUGUUCCCUGAUGAUCCAAAUAAAAAUAACCAAUGUGAAAAUAACAUUAUGAAUACACAAUUGUGGUAAAGUCAUCAUAAAAAAAAAAUGAUUUAUUAUAUAAUCAAGCUGAGAAAACCCUGAGAUCCCCAGAAACCACCACACCCUCCCCUCAAGAUGUUUAAAAUAAAAAAAUGUUUAGCAAAAUUACAAAAAUAGAGAAUCGGUUAUAAACAAAUAUUGGCCCCCUCAAAUUUUUCCCCAACAAUGACUUUGAAACAAGCAUGUGCAGUUCUAAAAUAUUCUUAGCGCAGGCUUUGCUAUACAUAUUAUACACAGUACAAUAUAAUAAUGUAUAAAUACAAAUAUUUUUUUAAUGUAUAUAGGAUUCUAAUCACAUAGUAAAUCUUGUUGAAAUAAUAAAGAGACCCGGUCAAACUUUAGGGUUAUAUAUUCGAGAAGGUAACGGUAUAAAUCGGCACGACGGCCUAUUCAUUUCUAGAUUGGCUCUCGAAUCGGCCGUAUAUAACAGCGGAUGUAUACAGGUACUCAUAAUAUAUAUAUACAGUACGACAUAAACCAUAGGUUUAAUCAUCAAAUUCAAAGUGCUUAUAUUUAUAUUACUAUACAUAAAUGAGUUUAUAAUUUAUUUAGGUUGGUGAUGAAGUAUUAGCCGUAAAUCUAGUAGACGUUACUCGAAAAGCAGUAGAUGAAGUCGUGAUCAUCAUGUCGAUACCUAGGCGACUGGUACUGGCUUUAAGGCAAACACGGGGGAUUCAUCGGGCCACGGCCAAUGUUUCGUUGGCUUCUGCUAUGCCUAGUCAUCAUCAACCACCAGUUGUCGUAAUAAAAAAAGACCUCAGUAGAGAAUCGGAUGAUCAACACGACGACGACGAUGACGACAUGCAUAUGAAAUCGUAUAUGACUACAGGGUUCGUAAAUGCAGUCAUAAUUGAUAAUUAUAUUUUAUAAUGUUUGCUGCGUAUUUUAAAAUUUAACUCUGGAAUAAAUAUAGUUGAUGUUUAAAUUGUAUUUUGUUCAAACCAUUUUUGCGUCUAAAAAGUAUAAAUAAUAUACAUACUAAUAUAAAAUAUUUUAUGGGUUUUAAAUUGUAUAGAAGAGUGAAUCAAAGAAAUAAAGAAAACAUGCACGAACAAUGCCGAAGGGAGUCUAGGGGAAGAUCACAAUCUCAACUUGCUUUGGAUUCUAAUGGUGAUAUUUCAGGAGAUCUUUUUUAUAACUCAAGACCUCCAGAAUCAAGGAGACAAGCAUCUACGGUACCUAUAUAAUAUAAAACAAAACAAUUUUUAACAUUCCUAAAAUACAAUUUAAUUUAAUACGUAAAAUUUUUAGUUGGAUCGCCGUAAUAAUUGGUCCUAUCAGCCUCCACAUACUCCAGUUUCUAAUGAACAACCAAAAUCUCAGCAUUUUCAGGCUUUUGAUAAAGCAUAUCCUAAAACUUUAGAAUCAUUAGCUGAAAAAGUGCAUCCAUUCUGUCCAGGUGGACAAUCUUCGACUGGUAGGAGAAUGUCAGCAACAACUACACAACAACAAUAUCGACGUAACAACAUUCCAAGAUCUGGUUCAGAUCAAUAUCUACCAAGAUCUGAGUAUGAUUAUGGAAACAGUGAGUUAAAAAAAAAAUAUUACAACAUUAUGCUCAAAUUUUUUUCCCAUUAAGUACAACUUAUGGUAACCAUGUGUCAAAUUUUUGAGUAUUUUCACUGAGUCAAACAAUAUAUAAUCACAUUAAUACAUUAGUAUACAAACUGCCGUGUUAUUUUUAUUUUUAUUAAAAUUUGAACUUAAAACGCUUAAAAAAAAAAUUCCUUACUACAGAUUUUUAAGAAUUUUGCUAGGCUAAAUUCGUUUAACCCAAUAAAAUUUAAAAUUGUAUCGAAAAACGAAAUAAACAAAAGAAAUAAAAAAUGCCACUGUCUAUUAUUGCGUAAAUAUGUAUGUUUAUUAAAAAAACUAUUAGGAAAAUUAAAAAAAUUACAUUAAUUUACAAACUAGACAAAAUGUUCUACAAAAAAGCUCUUUUGAAAUCUUUUGGCAAAGAUUUCUGAUAGAACUUCUGGUAGAUUUCUUAACAGACACAAAAAAGCAUACAACAUAGUAAAACCAAUGCAUUUUUCGCUAUAUAUAAAUAUACACUUAGAUCUAAAAAAAGAAAAAAUAAUUUUAUAUUCUAACGUUACACAUUACUUUAAAAUUAACACUUUUUUAGGACCAUAUCGACAAUCGCAAACCCUAAUGAGAUCAGGACUUAGAAGUAGUGUGGGAACAGGAUCUAGUACGCGUAUAGUUUCACAAUACUCGCAAGGUACUUCUAGAACUUUACCAAGACACCUAGAUUAUGCGUCAGAUACAGAAGCGACAAAAGUAACGUCUACAUCUCCAUAUUACUAUAGAGGAUCGUCACAAAUAUCAGGUUACAAUUUAAUAUAUAUAUACACAUUAUAAAAUAAUAAUGAUUUAUUAUUCUUCAUUAUUUUUUAUUAUCUGUAGGAGUAUCAAAUAUGUCACGAUUAGGUAAUGCCACGAUAUCUAGAAGUAAUUCAUUAAGGUCGAAUUCACUUCCAAGAGAUAUACGUACACCACGAACGCCACUCUCGUCGCUCAAUACAAGGUGUGCAAAGUUGUACAAUGUAUAAUUAAUAGUUUUUCAUAAUAUACUAUCAAUAUUUAAUUAUUAUUUAUUAUGUAUUGUGUAUAUAACAGUAUGAGAGGUAGUUUAAGACGAUACAAUACACAGGACAAUCCGAAAAUAUCGUCUUCCCUACUGAGUGAUCACGAAGACAGCGACGGUGGUAAUCUUAGUGCUCCCGAGUUUCAAAUGCGACGUAAAAAUCGAUUAGUCAGCUCUCCGAGUGUAUUUACAGCUGACGAAUAUAGAGCAUGGAUGAGCCGAGCACCAUCAACCAGUGCUAUUUAUGAUCGCAUACGUAAUGUUUGUGACCCGUCUUUAAAACAACAAAAAGUACAACGGUUUACGUUUAGCGCUGAAAACCUACCCGAAAGAACUAGACACUCGGAAUUAAUGAAUUAUUCUGGAACCAAUACAGAUCUAAGACCAUUUAGAGGUCUUGGAUCCCCAGCACUACCUUCAGCCACAACGUCAACGUUAGAUAGGCAUACUAGAACGUCUUCAUUAAGAAGAAUUCGACAUCUCUUAGAGCUCGAAGCUAAACAUUUAGGACGACGCAAUCCAUCGUCCAAUUCAGAUUUACAGGCUGACAGAGCUAGAGUGUUGGAAAUAAAUCCAGCCGGUAAAGUUUUAAUACAUAAUAAUGGGUUAAAAGUAAUUUUUAACUAAUAAACUAUUUUUCUUAUAAAUAGAAUUUUUAAAGUAUAAAUUUGAAAAAUCAACAAUAGACAAUGCGCCGCCUAUAAGUGGUUUAUUAUGGGUUCAUCUGUUAGCUGGUAGAGGUCUCAGAGCAGCUACCACUACUGUAUUACCGGGUCAACCUACUGCAAAUGGUAUGACGAAUACUAUAGGGCAAUUUAAAUUAAAAUAUGACUAACUGAAAAUAUUUUCAACAGUUAUGGCUGCCGCUGGUAGUUCCAGAGACUUGUACUGCGUCUUAGAAUGUGAUCGCGUGCACAAAGCCAGAACUGUAGUACGUACUGGAGAUCUUGUUUUCGAUUGGGAUGAAACAUUCGAAUUGGAUCUUCUGUCAAAUAAAGAAUUAGACUUUUUGAUUUACUCUUGGGACCAACAAUACAGACACAAACUCUGCUACAAAGGAUCGGUACAUUUGGCGUCGUUAGUUAGAGAUAGUCCCGUACAUCAAUUAGCCUUAAAAAUUGAACCUCGGGGGACAUUAUAUUUACGACUAAGACACACCGAUCCUUACCAAACUUUCGUAAGGAAAACAUUAAGAACUUCGUCUACACUUCCGCCGAGAACAAAAUCUGCUGGACUUUUUGGUAUAUAUAUAUAUAUAUAUGUAUAUUAUAUUUAAUAUAAAUAAUGUUGACCUUAUGGAUAUGAUUUAAAAAUUGAAAUUCGUAAAUCGUUUAUAUAUAAAAAAAAAAAAUAGGUAUUGAUCUCGAGUCAGUAGUCACACGUGAAAGUGGUGCGAUUUCUAGUUCCUUAUCUUCAUUAGCACAAGCCCCGGCAACAGCUUCUGUUCCAGUAAUCGUUCGAAGGUGCAUCGAAGAAGUCGAACGUAGAGGUUUAGAUAUUAUUGGCCUUUACAGACUUUGUGGUUCUGCUUCUAAGAAGCGGAUUCUUCGAGAAGCUUUCGAGCGCAAUCCAAGAACUGUGGAUUUAUCACCUGAUAACGUUCCCGAUAUUAACGUAAUUACAGGUAAUGGACGCAAUAUAUUUAUUCGUUAACUAUAAAUAUCUAAAUAAUAAUAUUAAUACUAAUUUUCAACUGUAGGUGUUUUAAAAGACUAUUUGAGAGAACUGCCUGAACCACUUUUCACACGUUGUUUAUACCAAAUGCUUCUUGACGCAUUAUCUGUACUGCUCCCUGACGAUCCACAGGCCAACGCCAAAUUAAUGUUAUCAAUUUUAGAUUGCCUACCGAAAUUGAACAGAGUAUGUUAUUUUUAUUAAUUCGUAUAAUAAAAAUACAUUUUAAUUUUUUUGUUCAUAGGCAACUUUGACUUAUAUCAUGGAUCAUCUGGCACUGGUCGUGUCACAGUCGCCCCGGAAUAAGAUGUCUGCACAAAAUCUAUCUAUAUGCCUAGCUCCCGUGUUAAUGGUUCAAAGUGAAGCGAAAGAAAAACCUAUUGAUUUCCAACAACCCGUGAACGUGUUGCGAUAUUUGUUAGAAAUUUGGCCGACUAAAUCAGGUUAGGACAAGUUUAAAUGCACGUACUAUUGUCUAGUACACAAUUAUAAUUGCACAAUUACACCUAUUGUAUUAGAAUAACUUUUCCUUCCUACUCACUUUUAUGACUUUAUCCCACACGCAGCUUAUGCUCACCCUGCGGCUCCGCCGCUCCGGCACAUCUCCGUAUAUCCAUAUAAGAAACGGUGACGAACUGAUGGAUACAUCACCGUUUUCCAUCAGCUUUGCAUGCCAGCAUAUAACUCUCCUAAACAAAUUUUGUCAUUUUUUUUCUAUCUCUUCCUCAGCACCCGUCUAUGCAUUUAUAACUCGUCUAUUUUUUCGGCCAUUAUCGUUUAUCGUUUUCCAUUCUCUCAUCAUUGUCUCAAUUUAUAUCACCUCUCAUUAUUUUCAAUGACGCGACGAUUACAAAAUGUCAAAUGUGGGCGCAUUGUGUACAUUGAUGAGCCCUGACCAUAUUUUCCAGACAGUUCGGGAGUGUUUGCCACCCUCGGUCGUCAACGGCGUUACUCGGCCCCCGCCGCUGCCCGCGAAACCGUCCUGCGUGCCCGCUGUGCCAACAAGACGAGGACCGCCGCCACCCGUCAUAGUGGCGUCACCGACCAGUGACACGGCUACGACUUCUGAUGAAGACGGCGGUGGCGGUGGUGGUGACAACGUUAUGUCGGCUACGGCGAAGGUGGCAAUCGAACCGCCUCAGAUACCAGCCAGGUCUAACGCGCACAGGUUGACCAAAGUGAACGCAUCACCGGAACCCGAAGAGAACGCGGCCGAUACGCCGAGCUCGUCUACGGGCACGGAAGACUCACAGCGGGACGUGGCCGAACGCGCCGCGGAGGCAGACGAAGAGAGUGGAGGUGAAGAACAAUUGGAACGGAGACCGCGAGGACUGCUACAGAACGCUAACCAUCAUCACAAGCACAACAACAAUCCUACUGCUACCACCAAUUCGAUUAUAAAUGCUCGUAAUAACAACAACAACAACAACAAAAACUAAUAAUGUCGCGAAAUGUAAUAUUAUAAUAUUUAAAGAAAAUGUGUUUGCUGACUUUCUACCGAAAUUUUAGUACAACAAUCUAAUAUUAGGUACACACAAAAGGUAGGUAGUGUAGGACGUAGUUACUUGAGUAAACGGUAAGUAUACAAAACGUAACUACAGGAUUUGAUAAUUUCCUGUGCGAUUACUUGAUAUAGGAAAUUGUAAAAUACACUCUGUAUAGCAAGAAUCCACGUUAAAAUUUCGCGAGUAGAAAAUGUCACAGAUAGCGAAACGCGAUGUAUUUGGACAGGCGAAAAUCGUUGAAAUUGCGCGACUAUAGUGUCGACAUGACGCGAUAUAAAUAUAUUAUUAUUAUUUAGUAUCUAUUAUAGUAUCUUUUUGAAUAUUCAAAAAUUCCAUUCGAAAAUAAGGAGAUAUUCAGCACUUACAGUGAUGUAUGCAACGUGUAAAAUUAAUUAAAAUUUGUUUGUGAUUUUUUUAUAAAGAAUUUGUAAGCAGGUGCGUAAAAUAUUUUCCAUUAUUUAUGGCCCGCUAUUGUGCAGUAAACCACAACAAUUUUAAUAAAAAUUUCCUCUGAAACUUUCAAUAUUAUAGGUAUGUUGAAGGUAAUACAAUAUGACAAUAAAUUAUCAUGUUUAUAAAUUACAAUAUAUUAUAACAUAGGCGAGGGUAAAUUAUAAAAUAUAAUGUUAUUAUCUAUAAUAUAGAGUAUAAAUCAUGGCGUUGACAUGUUUUUAGUUCUUACUGUUAUAUUAUUAUUUCGUUUAAAAACUUUCUGUGACUAUACGUUAUAUAAAUACAAUUUUCAAAGUAUUUUCCUGAUCUUUCAUUUUUUUUUUUUUAAAUAUACAAGAGAGGCAUACGAUAUUAUAUACAAAUAAACGGUAGAAAUUUGGCAAGCAUCAUUCGACUUAUUAACACUAAAAAAAAAAAAAAAUACCUACGCACAAAUUUUAAACAAUUUAAAAAUGUAUAAAACUAAAAUCAAGCACAAAAAAAAAAUUUUUUUAUAAAAAUCAAAUAGACGUGAAAAUUGCGCGUCUAUAAUAUAUCUAAAUUAUAAAUCCAACUAUAAUUUCUAUAAUGUUUGUACAAAAUUUAAAAGAGAAAACAAUUUGUUUAGUGAUGCACCAACAAUAUUAUUAGGUAUCAUAGAUUUAAAUUAACGAAUAGAAGUUUGCGCGUAAUAAAAUGUGUAAAAAUAAUCAUAAGAAAACACAAUCAUGGGAAGCACAUUUAUUUAACAGGACGAUUUUAGGAUGAUUUUUUUUAAAUUCUUAACAAAAUGUAAAAAAAUUAAUUUGUUGUAAAUAUAAUACAUGAUGGUUGUUCCUACCCUUCGACAUUGAACCAUAUAAAAAUCGGUUACAAGAUGAUAUUUUAAUUAUUAUCAAUAUGUUUUCACCAUAACAUUAUCAUUAAAACUUUUAUUAUACGGAUGUGCACAAAAGUGUGUUUUAUUGAACACUUUUUUCGUCACAUAUUUAUUGACAAAAGUAUUAUUUUUUUUUUUUUUAUCUGAAUACUAUUUGGCAAAACUCGUUUAAAUAAUAUGAAUUCAAAAUAAUUAUGGUUUUUUUUUUUUUUAUUUCCUAUUAUGUAUAACUAUAUUAUUAUUUUAAAACCCAUAAUAAGUAGACAGUAGGUAUUUAUAGUAAGCAUAUUAUAUUUUUAUUAAAUAAAUAUUGACUGUUAUUUUCGUUAUGAAAUCAUUAUUCUUAAAAUUAAUAAAAAAAAAAAAAAUACCUAUAGUUAAUUUUAUCGAUAAAUCCACAUAAUUAAAAAAAAAAAAAUGUAUAAGUACUUGUAUUUAAUUUUAAAAAUGUCAACUAUGACGGAGGACAAAUUGAACAUAAAAUUUUUGUAAAUGUUAUUAUGAUCUAUGUUUUUUUUUUUUUUUUUGGGUGCGCAAUCUUGUCAUAAAUUUGUUUUAAUUUCCAAUCAAUCGUAUUAACGCUUUAAACAACUAUAUUGAAUAUCAUAACUAAAAGUAUAAUUGUUAAACCAAUAAUUGUUAUUUUCAAAUAAAUGAAAAUAAAAUGUUUAUAUAUAGGUAUAAUAAAUAUUUAUUGUACUUCAUAAAACCGUAUCUUAAACACUAAUAUUUUUAAAUAUUUCAAUCUAUCAAAAAAAACGCAUUCCUACAGACUCUUGUUCUCAAAUUUACUUAAGUUUCGCCAUCAAUUAAUUUUUCGAUUGUGGAAAUUUGAAAUUAAAAAAAAAAAAAUAAAUUCAAGUUAUUAUUGAAUAAAUGUAUAUUUCCCGAAUCAUCAUAAAAUUGUGAUUCUACUUAUUCCACUUACUUCAAUAAUAUUGUAUUUUUGUGUUCCGAGUUAUUAUUAGUAUAUAUUGGUCUGCACAAAGAGUGUGUUCAUUAGAAUUAAUUAUUUGGUUUGUAAAUUACACAAUAAGCAAACACAGGAAAUCUGAUAAAUACCGAGCAUAACGUUAUAAUUUCUUCAAUUAUAAAUUCGAGGCUAUAUUAUAACUAAUAAAUAAUAAUAAGAUGAAAUGUAUAUUCAUUUAAAAUUUGUUAAGUAUUGCAAUUUUUUCUGGAUGUGUAUAAUUUAUUUAUUUCUUUAUUUCUUUAUUUAUUUAUUUAGUAUCUAUAAAAUAUUAUGUUGUCCCGAAUAUUUAUUUUAUCUUCACAGUUGUAAUAUAAUUAUUAUGGUUAAUUUAAAGUAUAAUUAUACAAACAUAAUAUAAAGAAGACACCCUGCCCCCCCCCCUUUUACAAAACUGUAAUAAUGUACCUAUACAUACCUAAGUGUAACAACCCCUAAAACAACGUUAUUAAGCUGAUCAAAUUAAAAAAAAAAAAAAAGUUUUAUAACAAAAUUUGUUGAUAAAACCUGCGUUCUAUAAUUUUAUUUUGUUUUUUGUUAUGUCUUAAUAAAUGUUAUGAUUACCUAUAUCUAUAUAGUUACAAACAAGUGUACAUACAACGAUUAGAUAUUAUAAACCUUCCUGUAUUCAUAUAAACAAUAGUAAUAUAUAAGUGUUACUUAAAUCAAUUAUUAUUAUUUGACGAUAUAUCUUUAAUUACCUCGUUGAUGUAUUAGAUUAUAUUUUAAGAAGAUGACUGAGAAUAAAAUGUAUCUAAUCAUAACACACAAAAAGCUGGGCAGUGUAACUAUAGUUACUCUAUAGUAGCAAAUUAAUUUACGAGUAAUUUACACAGUUACAAAAAUUGGUCAUUUUCAUGUUAGGUAUUAUUUACCUACAUUUCUUACCAUUACUAACUAUUGUAAUUUAAUGACUAAAAAAACAGGAAAACCGUUUUACUUCGUUACUAAAAUAAAUAAACUGCCCAGCUUUGAUUCGCAUUAAUGCACUAUGAAAAAUUUAACUGAUAUUAUAAUUAUUAACACAUAGAUAUAGUAACAUAUUAUGUAUUUAAUUAUCAAGCAUAAUAACUAAAUAAGUUAUUGUAAAUAUUAAAUACGAUAGUUUUUAUAAGUUGGGCAACCGAAUCGACUGAAAUCUAUCUGUUUUCUUGUACAUACAAAUUAUCGAGUUGGUAGAUUUUAGGUAGGCAGGGGAAUUCGUUGUUCUGGUUCCUUAAUUAUUGCAACCUUACAGACAUUCAGCAACAUGUUUCUACUGCAGCAGUAAUAAAUUAAAAAUAUUUUAAAAACGCAUUUAUUUAUAUUGUAAAUUAUAAUAACAUGGACUUUGUAUAAUACAAAAUGACACCAACAUGUUUUGUAUUUAAAGUGAAAUAUAUAUGUUAUAGUUGACGGUAACUGGUUUGUUAUAUUGUCCC